UGCUUCUUCUUUUACUGUUGCAUAUUUAUUUUGAUAUCUGUGCUGAUUUUUUUAAAAUGGAAAUGUAUAAAACAAAGCAACCUAUUUCCAGAAAAUAUAAUCUUUGAACACCUUGCAACUCUGCUCACUUCUUAUGCAGAGAGAACCUCGUCAGGGUACCACGAUUGUUUUGCGUCCUUCUCCCUCGUCAGUUCCGGCUACUCUUCUCUUUGAAGGUGUUUUUUUCCCCCAUAAUCAGGUGUCUGCGUCUCUGUAAGUUUUGUGGAAAGGGAAGUAAACAGACUGGCGUUAUAUUGCAUGGACGACAGGACCCCCUAUACCCCCCAAACGGAUUAAAGGAGAAAAACAACGUGCUCUGAAUGCAGAAGAGUCUUUAACUAAUAGACACUCUUGGACUGUGCUUUCUGUGUUGGUAUGCGACCUCCAACAAAUUGAUCUGGGACCGCGUCCUGUGGAGUGAUUUUAAGCGUUAUUAUUAUAUAUUUUUAUGUUUCUUCUAAAUAAAUGGCGAUCCACUUAAUCGAAAUUUCUGGCAGAUUGCUUUUGACAUCCUUCUCCGUUGGCUUUGCGAAGUGCUGAACGGAGACUGUAAAGAAAUACAAGCCGUCUGAUGACAAACUUGACUGUUCUUUUGUUGUAGCACGCUGUAGUGUUUUGGCUUGACAUAUGGCUUCACUGUAUCAGAGAUUUACAGGGAAGAUCAACACCUCUCGAUCUUUUCCUUUUCCACCCGAAGCCAGUCACCUUCUUGGUGGUCAGAUCGCCGAGGAGGACAAUGCUGGAAAGACCCCACGCCCCUUGCAAGAUAACCGACCCCGUUUGCAAUAUCAGAGCAGGAGGGAAUGUGAAGACGAGGAUGAGCUGGUGGGCAGCAAUCCACCGCAGAGGAACUGGAAAGGAAUUGCAAUCGCCCUGCUUGUUAUUCUGGUCAUCUGUUCCCUGAUUGUCACCUCUGUCAUUCUUCUAACACCAGGCGUGGAUGACAAUCUGGCACGCAAGGGGAAGGUGGCUUUGGAGGAUGUCUUUAGCAGAUUCAAGAUCCGUGACCCGGAAGCCAAGUGGAUCACUAAUAAAGAGAUUUUAUAUCGUACCCAGGAGGGCAAGGUGGUGAAGUUCAAUGUUGAAACACAGGAAAACACAACCUUAAUAGAAAACAAAAAGUUUGAGACGUACAAAGUCAGCAAGUAUGAAGUGUCACCAGACUUGGAAUUUGUUUUGCUUGCGUACAAUGUUGCCCCAAUUUAUCAACACUCUUUUACAGCAUAUUAUAUUCUCUGCAAUUUGGGUACCUGGGAGCAUCACAACUUGAACCCCCCUGAAGUUAGAAACGCGCAGCUUCAGUACGCUGGCUGGGGUGCAAAAGGGCAACAACUGAUCUUCAUAUUUGAGAACAACAUCUACUAUCAAUCCAACGUGAACAGCAGAGCAAUUCGUCUGGUCUUGUCUGGAAAAGAGGGGGUCAUUUUUAAUGGCCUGAGUGACUGGCUUUAUGAAGAGGAGAUUUUCCAAAGCCACAUUGCUCAUUGGUGGUCUCCUGAUGGCGCCAGGUUAGCAUACACCACUAUCAAUGACACACAAGUGCCCACAAUGGAGAUUCCCAUGUACACAGGUUCUACAUACCCUACUGGGAAAGAAUACCACUACCCAAAGGCUGGGCAGGAAAACCCAACAAUUUCCUUGUAUGUGGUGAACCUGAAUGGGCCGCCGCAUAUCACUGAAAUGAAACGUCCUGAAGAUCAGAGGAUACGGGAGUAUUACAUCACAAUGGUGAAAUGGGCAACAAGCACUAAGCUGGCUGUCAACUGGCUCAACAGAGCCCAGAACAUCUCUAUCAUGACUCUGUGUGAAGCUACUACUGGUGUGUGUACGAAGAAACAUGAAGAUGAAAGUGAGGGCUGGUUACACAGACAGAAUGAAGCUCCUCUGUUCUCUCAAGAUGGAAAGACAUUCUUCUUCACGCGAGCGAUUCCACAAGGGGGGCGGGGAAAGUUUUUCCAUAUUGCUAUGUCUUCUUCCCAGAAUAACGGUUCCACAGACACUUUGCAAUCUAUAACUUCAGGGGACUGGGAUGUGACGGAGAUUUUGUCUUACGAUGAAGCAAAACAGAAAAUCUAUUUUCUGAGCACAGAAGAUGUUUCUAAAAGGAGGCACCUGUACAGUGCUGACACUACAGGGACGUUUAACAGGCGUUGUCUAUCCUGUGACCUAAUUGAUGGCUGUGGCUAUGUCAGUGCAUCGUUCAGUCCCAAUAUGCAGUAUUUCAUCUUAAACUGUGAAGGCCCUGGAAUCCCGACUGUGACAGUGCAUCAAACUUAUAAUGGAAAUAGAGUUUAUGAUUUGGAGACCAAUGAAAUGGUAAAGAAGACUCAUGAUUCCAUGCAGAUGCCAAAAGUGGAGUACCAAGACAUAAACAUAGAUGACUACACACUAACACUACAGAUCCUGAAACCUGCUGGCUUUGUGGACACUGCACACUAUCCUCUGCUCCUCUUGGUCGAUGGCACGCCAGGUGGAAAGAUGGUGACAGAAAAGUACCAGGUGGAUUGGGCCACUGUCCUGGUCAGCAGUUUCAGCACCAUUGUAAUACGCUUUGAUGGCCAUGGCAGCGGUUUCCAAGGGACCAAACUUUUACACACAGUUCAGCGAAAACUAGGAUUUUUCGAAGAACAGGGUUUAUUACAAGUUCUCAGCUUUAUAUCUAAAGAGCCAUACAUUGACAAAACCAGAAUUGGGGCUUUUGGAGAGGUAUAUGGAGGUUAUUUAACCACUCUGCUGCUCACCUCUGAAGAUUCCCCAUUACAGUGUGGAGCCGCCCUUUCUCCAAUCACAGACUUUACGCUGUAUGCAUCUGCAUUUUCAGAACGAUAUUUAGGAUCACCAGAAAAGGACAGUAGAGCUUAUGAGAUGGCUAAGUUAGCUCCUCGUGCAGCACAGAUAAAUGACAAAACAUAUUUGAUUAUUCACCCAACCGCAGAUGAGAAAGUUCAUUUCCAGCAUACUGCAGACUUCAUUUCUCAUCUAAUCAGUGCAAAAGCGAAUUACUCACUUCAGAUCUAUCCAGAUGAGGGACAUUUCAUGCAUAAUGAAGGCAUAAAGCAACACCUAUACCAAUCUCUUGUGAACUUUUUUGAAGAAUGUUUUAGGCUUCCUGAUAAACUGUUUGAAGAAAAAAUGGAAGAGGAGGAGGAGGAGGAGGAGGGUUAGCCUUAUAUCCAUACCAAGCACAAUCCUGCUUCUCCAAUACAAUACGCAACUGAGUGCUUUUUCUUUUUAUUUCUUUCUUUGUACUUGAACAGUAUUAUGUUAGCAUGUGUCUCAGACUGAAAAGCAGCAUUUAUCUGCUUCACCUGACCACAGUUCUGUCAUCCCAGCAGGGGGAACAUUGAGCAUGGUGCAUACACAGUCUUUGACUUUGGUUCUGAAAUCACAAUGGCAUCACUGUUUUAUUCCACAAAUUGUAGAAAGACUCCCAACUGCAGAAGCAGCGAGGCUCCCAGGGCAGGAGGGUUAGGGUUCUUUUGAAAGGAUCUCUUCAGACACACAGUACCCAGUGUGUGUGCUGAAGAGCAGAACUAUUAAUGAAUGCUUAGGUGGAGUUUUUAUAGCACAAGCAUUUCAGCUGGGCAUACUAACUUCCAUUUCAGAGGUCAGCUGGGGUUUUAAAAAAAUGAAAUUCAGUCCUCAUUGUUGUGGGGCUACUUUAUGUAAUUAACAAUACUAUUUUUAAAUCAUGAUAACCUUCAUUACUGAUUGUGCUCGUAUGCUGUAUAUAUAUGUUUUUUUGUUUUAAUGUAAAGUAGCACACCAAAUAUUGUUGAUUAAAAAAUUCAGAUAUUGGGGCAAAUUCAGACAUUGUUUUUCAAUGUUUUCUUUAAGUUAGUUCUGGUCUAGGAAUCCUUGUAGUCUUGAAAAUAUACAGUUUACUAGCUUUGAGUUGAUAUGUGGUUUAUGGGGUCCAAGGUAUCUGCACUCUUUCUGAAUGUGUUUAAACCAUGUGCCAUGACAACAAAAGUAGGUCAGACUGUUCUUGUUUUGCUUGGUUUGUGCUGAGAGAUACCCACAGUGCUACUGGAAACUUGUUUUAGGUACUGUGCCUUCAUUUGGGAGCAGAUCUUCCUUCCCAGAGGAUAUUUUCUGACAAGCCUGUUUCCUUUAAUUGACCUUGAAAAAAAAUGAAUAUAAAUGUUCUCAAAUUUUCAAGCACAAGCAUACCAUUUUUAAAAUGUGUCAGCUAUAACUAGAGGCCGUUCAAAUCUAUGGGUAACAGAAUUCCUCAGAAAUCAGGGAAUUCGCAGGCUUCCACGGAAUUCUCAGUUUUCUACAGAUUCGCCUGCUAAAGUAACCUGAAAUAUGUAACUUAGUUGUUUGGGUCUAGUUUUGUUAAAUUAACAGAUGUUUUGUCUCCUUCACAAAGUAGGACUUAAUUAAAGACUAAGGCUUUGAACAUGUGAGAUUUUACUGACAAAAGUGCUUGAUAUAUUUCAUUGGAGGUACUCAAUGCACACAUUGUUUGAUAUUAUUAUAUUCACUUGAUUUACAUGUUUAUAAGCCUGUUACAGGGUGAUGCUACUUACGUGGGUCGUCACUGAAUCAGACACAAAGCAAUGGGUGUUGACAUGCCGCACAGGUGUGCAGAUUUAUUAAACAACACAGGCCAGGUGCUAGGGCACCAACAAUGGUUAUCCUAGCACUGGAUUUAACAAAAUGAAACAAACUAAAAAUAAAGGUUUGUCACACAAGGAGAGCGAUAGCCUCACUAAAAGAGACGUCCUGCUCCAGGAGCCUACUACACUACAAAACCCUCUCUAUAUUUAGUUUGGGAUCAAAUCCAUUAAACUAACCUACUGCUGUUGCUCUCGAAGUCCUGGCCUCCCAGUGACUCCGGGCCUUCCUGACGGUCCUGGCUGGGCAGAGCCUUCACAUGCACCGAUUGCAGUUGAAGGGGUUCUGUAGUAGUUAUCUCUCUGAGUGGAUGCUCUCCUCCUGGAUGUAAACACAGCAAUCUUUUGCUCAGCAACCGUCUGUGUGCCUAUGGGCGUGCAGUAGCCUCGAAUGCCAAUCGAUCAGCUCAACUCCGGGCAAGCCCUCCUCUUUACUAAGCAGCAGAGCAGCUGAACCAGCAGCAGGGUCCUCCCUGUCACAAAGCCAUUAUUAAUACCAACACUAAACACAUAAGAUGCUCCGCAGAACACUCAGCAGAUAUAUACUUACAAAUUUCUGCAGUUUUUUUUUGCAGAUUUUCCCUCAGAUUUGGAGGGCCUCUAGCUUUAAUCAAUAAAGGCAUCCUUUCGGUGUCACUCUCAAUAUUGUCCAAACACAUCCAUGCAUCUUUGCAUGCUUGCAAAGUUAUUGUUUUGUAGCAUUGAAGUUUGUGGCAACCUAUUUAGGACAAUACUAGCCAAUCCAGCAAAUAGGACUUUGGAAUGUGGUUGUACUGUUAAAAUAGGGCACAACCACAGUUUGGCUGUUUUCAGUACCUUUAACUCUGUAACAGUUCUUGAGGCACAGGUCUUGUUAAUACGUGUUUUCCUUAAAUGUGAAUAGUCUGACGUCAACACCCAGCUGUAGAUUUCUCCUGGGUUUAAAGUGCAUGCCAGCAACCAUUUGCAACUCAAAGCUAUUUUCUUUAGUCAGUAGUUUUAAAUGUAGUCUUUUCUGGACAGCUUGAAUGUUCCUGUCAAGUUACAUUUCCUUUAAUAGUGUGGGUAAUCUCACUGUCCCAACAUUAUGUUGUGUAAAUGUGGUUCUUCAAUAUUAUUUAAGCCUAUUAAGAUCUCAGUGUUAAUUGUACAUAAAGCUUUUUAACAAUUAUAUUUCAGAAAUCAUUUUCUUGAUUUUUUUAAUUUUCUUCUGUUUUAUUUUUUGUGAAAAGUACACUAAUGUAUUCUGGACAUGCCAAAAUGAGGUGAACAUUGUGUAUUCAGUGCAUAACAGGUAGCUGUAUCUUACUGAUGGGAAAGAUCCACAAAAAAUAUGCUGGGAUCAAACUUGAUGCAGUCUGUUUUGUCUGCUGAUUUUGUAGAAGGAAAACCCAAAUGAGGCAUGAAGGUAUUUGUCUUCAAAAUAAAAGUUAUUUUAACAUU